UUCCUUGAAGGAAAGUCGUCAUCCAAACUAAAGCAUACGUGUUCUCCCAAAAUUUAUUUGAGUUCCACCAAUCAGAAAGCUUUCAACCCCCGACCUGCGCUCAAUAUUUCGACGGAAAUGUCAGCUCUGUCAUUUAAUUUCGCUGUCUUCAAAUACUGCGGACUUUGGAGACCAACGGACUGGUCAGCCAGCUGGAAAACUCGUCUCUACAGUCUCUACACUUCAGUGAUAGUAAUUUUGAUUUUCUACAUGACUCUAACAGAGUUAGUGGAUCUUAUUCUUCAUUUUUCUGACGCUGAAGAUUUUGCAAGCAACGCAUUCAUCAUGCUAACGAUGAUUUCUAUCUGCGGAAAAAUAAUUACGGUCCUUGGUUACCGUGAUCGUAUUAUUGGGCUACUUGACAUGUUGAAGAGCGACUACUUUAGAGUGCAAAGUGACCAAGACAAAGAUACUCAAGAUUAUUUUGAUAAUUUAAUUAAAUUUCGGACAAAUGUUUACGCAGGCAUAACAGAAAUUGGAAUGGUUAUGAUUGUCGGAGGGUCAAUAGCAACUGAAUUACCUCAAGGAAUUUUGCCGUACCAUGCAUGGUAUCCAGUAAAUCUGACGACACCCAUGGAAUUGACUUGUGCUUUUGUGCAGCAACACUCGAUCCAUUGUAUCGGCGCAAUUAUUAAUAUCAGUUAUGACACCUUGAUACCUGGAAUAAUGUUGGAAAUUUGUGCGCAACUCGGGUUGCUGAAAAACAGAUUUGAAUUAGUGACGAAAAUUGUUGAGUCAAUGCGUUUUGACCAGACCGAAUAUACUGACGCUGCUGUACAAAAAAUUGAAGCUAAAAAUAUCGCUGACUGCAUUCGUCAUCAUCUUUUGAUUUACGAGUUGGGUGGUUUUUAUUUUCCUUUUUUUGUAAGAGAUGGUUUUUGGAAAAUUUUUCGUUUCAGAUUUGUCGAGGAAGCGAGCAAAGUUUUUGGACCACUGAUUUUGAUACAGUACUCGGCAAGCUCGAUAGUAUUGUGCGUCAGUGUUUACAAAUUAGCGGCGAUGGAAAUAAGCGACCCGCAGUUUGUAUCUUUUUUUAUGUACAUUGCUGCUAUGGGUUCGCAGAUAUUUAUAUUGUGCUAUGCCGGGACGGAUGUUACUGAAGAGAGUUAUGGAUUGAAUCGCGGUAUUUACAAUGCUAAUUGGAACUGUUUGAGUAUAUCGGGGAAAAAAAGCAUGAUGUUGAUGAUGAAUCGUAAUUUAAAACCUAUUAUAUUUUCAUGCUUCAGUAUCGUACAAAUUUCCAUCGACUCAUUUAUCAGUCUGAUUAAACUUUCAUACUCAGCAUUCAAUUUUCUUCAUCAAACUGACAUCAUCUUUCUUAAGAAAAAGUUUUUCUAUUCAGGGUAUAUUAAGAUGAAGCCCUUACUUCCUGAGAGCUUCUUUAUCCUGAAGUGCAUUGGACUAUGGCAGCCGGUACACUGGAAGGGAUUUAAAACUUGGAUUUAUAAACUCUUUACGGUUUUUAGUCUUGUCAUCUUAUUUACCGACACUGGCUCACAGAUUGUCGACUGCUUUGUCACCUGUAAAACUGUUUCUGAUUAUGCUGACCACUCUUUUAUUUUGUUGACGAUGAUUGGGAUCUGUAUAAAAAUGGCUAGUCUUGUUAAAAACCGCUAUAGAAUUGUUGAGCUGAUGGAGAGGCUUAGGACCGGCGCUUUUAGAACUAAUAAUCUGGAAGAGGAAAACAUUUUGGUGAAAUUUGAUAGCAUUAUGAAGUGGAGGACCGUAUUAUUCUGCAUAUUUGUCCAAAUGGGUACGGUUAAUUUGAUAAUAUCGUCAGUAAUAUACUUAGCACCUCACCAUGUAACAAUUACGAAGCUCUACCUGCCGUGGGACACAAAGACGGUUGCCGGGUACUGGACAGCGUGGGUCUUGCAGGCGAUUUCCCGAUUGUUCGGUGGUCCCGUCAACGUCGCUUGUGAUAGCCUUGUUUCCGGAGUCAUGUAUCGUGCUUCGGCACAAUUUAAAAUCCUGGCAGCUCGUCUGAGAGGCUUCCUGUUAGAACCUGCAAACUUUGAGAAUUCAAAAUACGAUUAUCAUCGAGUGGAAAAACACGAAGCGAAGAAAAUGGCUGAAUUGGUGAAAGAACACCUGGAGAUUAUACAGAUUAUUACAAAGCUCAACGAUAUCUUUGGGUUCGUCAUCUUCAUGCAGUACUGCGUUAGUUCCACAGUCCUCUGCGUUACGGUAUUCGUUUUCGCUCAGGUCAGACAAUUUGACAUUCAUUGUGCUAUGAUGAUUACUUACACUGGAUGUCUGUAUUUCCAAAUCUAUCUUUUAUGCUCCGCUGGAACUGAAAUGACUUCUGAGAGUCUCAAUUUUGUGUCAUAUAUUUAUACAUUUGACUGGAACGAAUUGAAACUGAGUACCAAAAAAAGUUUGCUAAUAAUGAUGAUGAGAUGCCACCGUCCACUGAAAUUCAGAAGUUCUCAAAUGAUUGAACUGUCUAUUGAAUCAUUUAGCCAGAUCGUCAAAUUUUCAUACUCCGCUUACAGUGUACUGGCUCAAUCGCAACCUUAACAAGUUUACUGUUACAUUUUGUAAUGCGAAUUAAGAUAAUCAAUUAAUUAUACACUAGUAUUAAUAUUCAAACACGAGUUUUGUAAAAAUAAAGAAUUCAU